CAUACUACUACAUUUUUAAAGGACUUGUUCGGAUUAAUUAGUUAGUGCCUUGUUUCACUGAGGGUGGUGCCUCUAACUUUGAGAUAUUGGUUAUCGUUUUCAGUUUGUCUUUUGCUCCUGUCUUUUGCUCUCAGGUGUCCUUUCCCAUAAUAUGGCAUGCAGAUGACUAUGGCUGCCAGGCCUACACACAGCCUGCUGCUCCCAACUACUUUAAUGGGAUUUAGGUAGCCUAACUGCAGGCAGGACUGCAGCCUCUGAACCAAUUUGAUACAUUGCAGUUCUGCUAAUUUAAAUCCUGGCCUGCAUUUGUCUAUCAAAUCCAGUUGUGAGCGUCAGGAACUGGGGGCCUCCUUGGCUACUUAGGGAUGAUGAAAUUAGUUGAAAGGGGAAAGCAACACAGAAGCUUUUCCAAGAUUUUUGCAAGCAGUAUUUUAGAAGCCUUGGAUUACACAGAACCAAUCUGUCUGAGGAACAGUCGCAUCUACUGCUUUGUAUUUUUUACCGUAGCUUCUGGCUUCUGCCAGGUGAAAUUGCUGAUCUUCCAACAGCUUACAAGAAGAAGGAAUCCAGUUAGCUCUGGAAACAAUGCCAAAUCGCUGCUCUGGAACCUUGAUCAGUUCCCUUCAGUUUCAGACUCUGAGUGAGGACAAAACUUUCCUGGAGAUUCACAUGGGAAGACUCUCAGAUAUGGAGGUACCUUUAAUGAAGAAUCUGUGUUGGAUAAACAAGACGGAAUUCUGUUACACCUGGGAAGCCACCGCACACUUGAAUAUCUCCUUGGAGUCCAGCCUUUCUUCCAACACGGAGUGCUACAGCAUCGGUUGGACGCCUCUGCACUGCCAGGUUAAGAUCAAGGACUGCUUUUCCAUGGUAAAUAUUUCCUGGUAUGGAGGAGCGAGUGUCAGCAGCCAGCAUUGGCCUCUGAACAACGUGAGCAUCAAGUCCCAGCCGUUCAUUAUCAGCAACCUCGCCAAAACCCCAGCUGCUUAUGGCUCUGUCUUAGAAAGAUAUUUUUUGGGAUCAACUGGAGUGACAGUGAUGAUUGCCUCAGACAUACCCAUCUUCCUCUCAGUAGAGAGGAACAAACAUUUUUGCCUUGAGAGUACCCUUGGCGUCAACAUGGCAUCCCUGCAGUACACAGUGUGUGUCAGUCAAAACAUCACGUCUGCCCAUCAGGAAGUGGGAAGCCAGCUUUCAGGACAUCAGCGGAAGCUGCCAGAUACUGACAUACUAAGGUUGCCUGUCUGGAGCUAUUACAGAGCAGCAGAUUCUGCUGCCAAGGUGGAGCGAGGAUUAAGAUAUUUCUUCAACAGACUGCAAAGGCAUCACCUCGGGGAGGGGCUAAUCGCUCUCAGUGAACUUUCCACAGUGCUACUUGGUAAUACGGAACACAAGUUUUUACCUGUGAUGAGACGAAAAGGGUUGCAUAGUCCAAGGCUUGCCAUGGACUCCUCACUUACAAAACAUCUAAAGCUUUCCAUAACUGUGUCCCCUUUUGCAAGCAUCAACUCCCAACUUUUUCAGAUGUCUCUACAAGAAGGCAAAGAAGACUAUUGGCUGAGCCGCCACUCUGAAUCUGGUGACUACUCGGUGCCGCUGCUCACCAGAUGGAAAGGGCAGUUUUCUGCUCAGCUAAAUGUGACCAGCCGGGCUGCGGUGCUCUGGUACAUGGACCAAGUGAGCCUCUUGAGGCAGCGACUGGGAGCAGAGUAUUUGGUUUUCGAAAGUGGCGAAGGCAGUUGGUUUAUGGAGCAAGCAGUCCCACCUCCCACAGAACUUGGAGGGGAUAAGUACAUUCACAUUUUAGCCUCAAUGGCAGCUGCAUUGGGAAACACGUCAAUAAUUAGCGCCGGCAUGAGAGCCAGCCACCUGCCGCUCUUUCUCCAAAUGAACCCCCGCCAGUCCGACUGGAGCUACGCUGGCUUGAAAGGGAUUAUUCCAUCGGUGCUUCAUUACAGUCUUCUUGGUUAUAACUUUUUUAUUCCGGAUGCAAUAGGAGGAAGUCUUGCAAAUGAAUUUCUGAUUGAUGAAGAGCUAUAUAUUAGAUGGCUGCAGAUUGUGACUUUCCUUCCUGUGAUGUCUUUCCAUACUCCACCGUGGGUCUGUUGUGAUGACUGGGUGCUGAAUCUCACCAGGCACUAUGUUCAGACACAUCAGAGUUUUGUGGUGCCUCUUGUUGAAAAAUACAGCAAGGAGUGGCUCUCUGUAGGAUACCCUAUUUUUCGACCUGUAUGGUGGCUCAGCCCCACUGAGUCCAUUACCUUUACAAUUGAUGAUGAAUUUCUCAUAGGAGAUGAGGUCCUUGUUGCCCCAAUAACUGAACAAGGGCAACGUCAAAGAGAUAUUUACCUGCCCAGAGAAGGUCAGAAGUGGAAGGACAUCAACACGGCCCAGGUGUUUGAUGGAGGGACCUUCAUCAGGAACUAUUCAGUCUCUCUCAUGGAUGUGCCUGUUUUCGUUAAGACUUUCUAGAUUCCAAAUCUGACUCAGAUCUCAGAAGGUUUCCCUGUAUCUCAGAGAAGGAUUGCCAACAAGAGCAUCCAUGUUGACAAGGAAGUUCUCUCUUUUUCUGAAAAGAGUUUCCAGUCCACUGCAAUGUUUCCAGGAUCUGUAUAUUGAAAGAACUAUUAAAUGUGUGCAUUUAAAAUAGA